AUGCAGAGCUGUAAACAGAUUGAUCUCCUCAUGUGUUUUGGACUUGAGGUAAGUGCCAGUAUCUCUAUGCAUAUUUUCUCUCUGCAGUAGCCGCACUCAUGCUCUCUGUGCUGUCCAUGACAUGGUGUCCAAAUGAACCCUAUGGUAUAUCCACACAUAGCAGAAAUAAUGAGAGAAAAGCACAAGAAGUUUAGUUUAUUUUUUUUAAAGGGACCUGCAUUCCCAUAGUAGCAAAGAAAAAGUUUGAAUAUUUUAAGCGGUUUUCCCUUUCUUGAUCUUUUUUUUCUGUUUUUUUAAAGACGGUGUUCUUCAUUGUAUACUGUAGGGCAUCUCAGUAUUUUAAAAGGCUUUGAAUUUGGUUGUUAACUGACAAAAUUAAUGGCCCAGAGUAAUAUAGAAGGAUAACCUGAAAUUAUUAUUCAAAUCAAGUACUGUUUCUUUAGCAACCCAUUGAUUUGGGUAACUGACAGUUUAAAUGCUACUGUGUAAAGUACUUUGGUUUCACUUGGAUAAAAGUACCUAGGUUUUUUCCAGUGAAAAUAAACAAACUGAUCUCCUUUAUAAAACGAACCAACCACAAUCAACAUGUUUGGAGCAUGCAUAAAUCAUAACACAGGGGGUAAUUUAACAUUAAUGGCUUUAAUUUCCUUUAACGUUUACAUUCACGAUAUGGUACAUAAUUAGAUCUUAUGAAAGGUUUGUUCUAUGCAUUUCAUGCAUCACAAGGUUUUCCUGCUCAUUUGCUACAGAUAAGCCUUUAGCUCUCUUUGGAGAACACAGCAGGAACUGCUGCUGCAUCAAAAAGUGAAAGAACACAAGAAAUUAAGGGAUGUUCUCAAAAGUGGGGUGGGUGGUGCUCAAAGUUUGUUAGCAGGGUGCUGAGCUCCUCUCUGAUACCCUCCUUCCUUAGAACCAGGAACAAUCUGUGACUGUUUCUUCAUCCUGUUCUGUUUACCAUCUAUUAACCUGGGUAGGGAAAACCAUGCUAGGACCACCACUUGGCCUUAGCAGAAUGCUUCUCAAAAUUUCUGUUUGUUGCCUGCCUCCAUACCCAGAACUCCCCAUCAGUUCCAUGAGUAAGCAUGUGGGUCUAUAUGCGCAGCUCACUGCCAUGUGCUAAGUGAUGUAGACAGGAUAGUUUUCCAACAUUGUCAUUACAAGAACAACGGAACAGGGCAGCUUUGCUUUUGUCUUAUGCAGGAAAAUACAAUUGGGCACAAAGCUGCAAUUUAUCCUAAGGUAGGCUGUACUGGCCAUAGGAUCCUCUCCCUAGCUAAAUCUUCAUGCCUCCCAUGUGUCCCUCCUCCAACCCCAUAGGACACCCUUCCAUAAUUUGAAAAACUAGCCCACAGGGCAUUAUUGUAUGUGAGGCUUUGUUGUAUUUAGAUCAGUCCCACAUGUCCUGCAAACAUGGUGUGGGAUUUUCUGUUUAUACCCAAGGAAACUCAGUCUUUUGAAUUAAAAGAAGUUUACUGGACAAAAGUUAAAAACUCUCUCUUCUAAGAUGUUAAUCUAUCUGGUCCAAACACUGCAGUGAAGCUUGCAACCAUCAACAAAUCUGUAAACAGGCACAUCUAUUUAGUGCAUGGAGAAGAGGGAUGCUAGUUUGAACUGCCAUCUUGACUCAUUUCCUGCACUCACUGUUCUUCGAAAUGUGUAAGAUGGUGAUGCUUACAUAUGAAAUGUGUGAUAUAUAAAAUUAUUAUCAAUUGUCUACAGAAAGCUUCAGGUUCGCCACCUCUGGACAGCAAGCUCCACCAACGCCCUGAAAUCUGCUUUCUUCAGACAAGAUUCUCGAGUCUAAUCCCACAUUUGGAGAAGGACUCUUCUUGUCCCUUCAGAGGUUAGUAUUUAGUUAUAAAAGAGAUAGCCCAUAAGGAACAGGAAGCGGAGAUGUAGUUCAGAGUAAGGAAUGUUUUUCCCCUUCCCCUUCUCUCUCCCCCACUCUGGCAGUGGUCUCCUUGGAUAUGCCCACCAGAGAUAAUUCCAAAACGUUCCAUAGAGGAAAACAUUAAAUCAAAAGUUAAACUGAUCCUCAAUCUGAUGUUUCAGCGAUGGCCUGGUAAAACAAACAAUAAAUUAUUCCCUCCAAAGUAAUCUUCCCCUUCCCCAUGGAUGCCCACAUGCCUAAGACUUCCUACAUGGGAGAUGAAACUGCAACUGAAGUGUGCAAAACCUAUGUGUAGACUAUGAGUGGCAAGAGCACACCAGAGAGUAUACAAUGGCAUGCACCCAUGUCACUUUGUGUUGAAUACAGAAGACUAUCUAUAUGCAAGUUUCAUGCUGUUUUGAUAGGAAAGUGUAGGAAAUCUAUAUCAGCCACUAUUGAAGCCUCCCUUUAUAGGAGAAGGGAACAACUGAUUCAGCUGCAAAAGUAUAGAACGGGGAGGGGAGAGGCAUUAUUUCCUGUUAAAGUAAACUCUUUGAAAUACUAUACAUUAGUACAACAUUCAUGAAUGUGCUGUGACUUAUUUCUUUGCGCUGAUGCCAUGAUUUCAACUUUCAGAAUGGUCACAAGUCAAGGAAUAG